GGUGAAAGUCAUGGAUGUUCAAGAGGUUCUUCACAUGGUUGGAGGAGAAGGAGAAACCAGCUAUGCAGUCAAUUCCAUAUUCCAAGUCUCUCUCUCUCUCUCUCUCUCUCUCUCUCUCUCUCUCUCUCUCUCUCUCUGUUCUUUUGUGUGUUUAUGCAUAGCAGAUUUGGGGUGUUCUUCAGGACCCAAUACUCUAUUGGUGAUCACAGAGAUUAUAAAUGCAAUUGAAUCCGCACGCAGCCGGUUGGGUAACCCAUCACUUGAAUAUCAAGUGGCACUAAAUGAUCUUCCAGGGAAUGACUUCAACACCAUUUUCAAAUCCUUGCCAGCUUUAUAUGAGAAAUUCAAGAAGGAGAAGGGAGAUCAGUUUGGUCCAUGUUUCAUUUCAGGACUGCCUGGUUCUUUUCUUGGAAGGCUCUUCCCAAGCAAGAGUCAACAUUUUGUUCACUCUUCCUACAGUGUUCAUUGGCUCUCUCAGGUUCCUCUUGAACCUGAGGAUAACAAGGGACACAUUUACCUGGCCAAGACAAGUUCUGCAAGUGUGUACAAGGCAUACUUAGAGCAAUUCCAGAAGGAUUUCUCAGUGUUCCUAAGGUCACGUUAUGAGGAACUAGUACCUGGCGGGCAUAUGGUCUUAACAAUUCUUGGAAGGAAAAGUGUGGAAGAUGAAUUUAACAGAGAUUUUUGUUCCCUCCUGGAGCUUUUAGCAAACUCACUCAAUGAUCUGGUCUCUGAGGGGGUCAUUGAAGAGGGUAAAGUGGAUUCAUUUAAUAUGCCAAUUUACACGCCUUGUCCUGAAGAAGUAAAGAAGAUGAUUCACAAAGAAGGAUUAUUUGAAUUGGAAAAGCUAGAAGUGUUUGAUGUGAAUUGGGAUCCCAAUGACGAUGAAGAAGAAGAAUUCAAGUUAUUUGAUAAUUUCUCAAGUGCUAAAAAUGGGGUAAGGUGCGUAAGAUCUGUGACAGAGUCAUUGCUUUCUCAUCAUUUUGGAGAUGCUAUAAUGGACAAGUUGUUCCAGAGAUAUACAAAGAUUGUUGCUGACCACUUAUCUAAGGAGAAUGCCAGAGAGAAGUCCAAGUAUGUUAGUCUUUUAAUUUCCAUGAAGAGGAAAUGA